AUGAUUGACAUGUUCAUGAUAUCGGAGGCCUUGUCACGUCGAAUUGAGCCUCCUUACGUCUUGGAGGACACCGGCACUUUCCCCCAUGUGCCUGUGGUGCUGCCGCUCCGAGGGCAGGAGCGGGACAUGUGGGUACGCCAGCUGGCCGCUCCCAGGGCGGUCCCGCGCGGACCCGUCAUUGGCUGCUCGCGCUACCCUGGUGAAUGGGACGGCGCCCUGCACUCCAUCAGGCAGGCGUGUGAUGCCCGCACGUUGCAGGCCAUUCGCCAUCAGGCCACGAUGCUUGUCGCCGACCUCGGCCUGGUCAUGGAGUCUCCUCUGGCGGUCACCAAGCUGGCGCAGCUGGUUCUCGAGUUCGAGCGUUGGCUGCAGCGCAUCGACAAGGCGACAGUGCUGCUGGCCAUCGAUGCCUGGGUGGCCACGUGGUUUCAGUCGGGCUUCAAGCUGCUGACAGACCCACACUUUGAUGAUGCCGUCGACGCCAUCUUGGCUCGGGCCGAGGAGGUCCUUGACGCCUACGGCAAGAAGGAGUUGGAAGGUUGGCGAGCCUGGGCAGCCAGCUCCUUUGACAAGGGGGCUGGCAAGGCUCAUCGGUACACCAAGGCGAAGGCAGCCCAGGAGAUUUUCGACUGGGGGAACCUGCACAAUGAUUUAGCCCAGCCCUUCGUCAUGGCCGACAAGUCCAUGCGCUUCUGGGAUCAAAUCUGGAGUUUGCAUGGCCAAGAUGCAGUUCGUCUGCCCCGCCAGGCUGCUAUGUGGCCGGAGCUUCCGGAGAUCACAGUCGACAUGAUGCGUGCGGGGAGGGAUCCAAUCCGCGAGCUGCAUGCCGCCAUCCGCGCCUUUGUCGCUUCUGUGAAGCCCCUAGGGCUGAUGGUACAGUUCCCCAAGUGUGGCUUUGUAGCCAGCACCGCUCGUGCCAGGAAGCGUUUUGCUAGUUUUGCUGUUCUUUUGAAGCUGGCCUCUAAGAAGGCCAUGCGCAACCUUGGGCAUGAACUCCACGGGCCGCGGGUCCAGAGGAUCCAGGAGCACUCCCGGGUUCGCAAAGUCUGUAAGCGCCAGGCCGAGCUGCUCAGUCUCCGCCGCGCGGUCGGAGAUCGAGUGGCUGGCCUCUGGCGCACUGGCCUUAUGCCAUCUGCGGGGCACGGGGCCGGAGUUUCAGGCGUGUCCGACACGGCUAGCUUCUUAAACUUUGUGGGCAACAGUUGGGCAGAUAUGUUCGCCAAGUGGGGGGCUGCCAAGCACGCCGUGGCGGAAGUUUUAGUCGACUACCACAAGCGUAAGCUGAAGGAGGCGAAAGCCAACGCUAAGGUGUUCGCCUGGAUGGUCCAGGUGGUGGCCCAGAAGUCGGCUGCUCUGUGCCAUCGGUCCCUCGAGCCAACCUCGGUGGUAGUUCCACGGCGGCCACUGUCUUCUGUUGUGCAGUUGGUCCAGCAUGAGUUUCAUGUGAACGCCAGGUCUCCCGCACUCUUCGUGGGCUGCACCCGCGAACUGGGGAUCCUCUGGGCCUGGAUGGCCGUGGCUCGCAUGCGGGAGCCAGCGGCUCUGGAGAUAAGGGUGGCCGCGCUCGUGGCCGCGGACGCGGCGCUGGGAGGCGAGGUCACCAUUCUGACCGGCUUCCUCGGGGCGGGGAAGACCACCCUCGUGAGGCACAUCCUGCGGAACCGCGAGGGGCUCAAGGUGGGGGUCGUCAUCAACGACGUCGCCGAGGCGAACAUCGACUCCGAGGUGUUGGCGUUCGAGGACGCCGACGGCAUAGUGGGACUGCAGAACGGGUGCGCGUGCUGCUCCGGGCGCGACGACCUCUUCGCGCGCCUGCAGGAUCUGGUCGAGAGCACGGGCAACUCGAAGCUUGACCGCGGCUGGGACCGCCUCGUGGUCGAGUGCUCGGGCGUGGCGGAGCCGGAGAACAUCGCCAGGGAGCUGGAGGCCAUGGCGCGGAGGGGCGAGCCCGUCAUGAAGCGGGUGUUCCUCGCCGGAAUUGUCUGCGUGAUAGACGCAUCGACAUUCCACGAGACGUACAGCGCGGCGGAGGCCGUCCAGCCUGGUAAGCAGCCUCUGUCGGUGCUGCUGGCCAGCCAGCUGGAGUCCUCGGACACGGUAGUGGUGAACAAGACUGAUUUGGUGGACGAGCCCGCGCUGGCGCGCCUCCGGGAGCUCAUCUUGGCCCUCACGCCCACGGCGCGCUUCAUCGCGACCUCCAGGGGCGAGGUCAUCCUCCGCACGCUGAUGCCGGCAGAGCCAGUCGGCCUGGACAUGCCCGCAUACGUGCCGACGCUCGCCAACAGGCACAGCGUCGCCGUGCAGAGCGCGGCGCGCGCCGCGGCGAGGCAGGCCGCCGUGCCCGCCGCGGGCGGCGGCGCCCCCGGCGGGCACGCCCACGCCAGGGGCGGCCACGCCGGGCACGGCCACGCCGAGCGCGGUCACGCCGAGCACGGCCACGGCGGCCACUCCCACGGCGAGCACGGCCCGAGCGGCCACAGCCACGGCGAGGGCGCCGCCGACUGCGACGCCUGCAGGGAGGAGGCGAGCCACGCGCGCUUCGGCAUCUCGAGCUUCGUCUACCGCUGCGCGGACCGCCAGUUCGACCCGGAGCGCCUGGCGGCCGUCGCGAGGCAGCUCCCGGUCGCCGUGGCCGACGUCGGCUUCGCGGGCGCCACCGCGGGCGCCCCCGCGCCAACGGCCGCGUUCCGUGGCGUCCUGCGCUCCAAGGGCUUCGUGCGCGUGGCGGGCAGCGAGGGGGCGCUGUACUGGUCCCACGCCGGCAGGCAGCUGCAGGUUGCGCCCGCGCCCGGCGCCGCGCCCUGCCCGUGCCAGGAAUUGGUCUUCAUCGGCGCCGGGAUGGAUCAGGCUGGCAUCACGCAG